AUGGCUGGAGCAUUGGCGAGGAUUGUUCAGGGAACAAAAUCGCACCUAGGUAUUGCAGGGCCUCUGGUAAGUAUUACCAGUGGUUCAGUCCGUUUCCAGCAGACCGAGAGUCAGGGGAAAACGAAAUAUGGACCCUUGGCUGAUGCAGACAGAGUUUUCACGAACCUUUAUGGAAGACAUGACUGGAGAUUGAAAGGAGCUAUGGCUCGAGGAGAUUGGUACAUGACAAAGAAUAUUUUGGAAAAAGGAACAGACUGGAUCGUUAAUGAACUAAAAACAUCUGGCCUCCGUGGACGUGGAGGGGCUGGAUUUCCAACUGGGAUGAAAUGGUCAUUCAUGAAUAAGCCUUCUGAUGGCCGACCCAAAUACUUAGUUGUGAAUGCAGAUGAAGGAGAACCUGGUACAUGCAAGGAUAGAGAGAUCAUGCGUCAUGACCCACACAAGUUAAUAGAAGGCUGUUUGAUUGCCGGUCGUGCAAUGGGUGCUCAGGCUGCCUAUAUUUACAUUAGAGGAGAGUUUUAUAAUGAGGCCAGUAAUUUACAAGUAGCCAUUGCUGAGGCUUACCAGGCUGGCUUAAUUGGAAAGAAUUCUUGUGGCUCUGGCUAUGAUUUCGAUGUGUUUGUUCACCGAGGUGCAGGGGCCUACAUCUGUGGUGAAGAAACAGCUCUCAUUGAAUCUAUUGAAGGAAAGCAAGGCAAGCCAAGGUUGAAGCCCCCAUUCCCAGCAGAUGUUGGACUGUUUGGUUGUCCGACGACAGUCAACAAUGUGGAGACAAUUGCUGUCUCUCCAACAAUUUGCCGUCGUGGUGGCAAGUGGUUUGCCUCCUUCGGCCGGACCCGAAACUCAGGAACCAAACUAUUUAACAUCUCUGGUCAUGUCAACACUCCCUGCACUGUUGAAGAAGAGAUGAGUAUCCCAUUGAAGGAGCUGAUUGAGCGUCACGCUGGUGGUGUCUGUGGUGGAUGGGAUAAUCUUCUGGCUAUCAUUCCAGGAGGUUCUUCAACUCCGCUUAUACCUAAACAUGUCUGUGAAACGGUCUUAAUGGACUUUGAUGGGUUGGUGGCUGCUCAAACCUCGCUUGGUACGGCAGCUAUCAUUGUAAUGGACAAAUCUACAGACAUAGUGAAGGCCAUCGCUCGCCUGAUUAUGUUUUACAAACAUGAGUCUUGUGGUCAAUGUACACCUUGUCGUGAAGGUGUCUCUUGGAUGAACAAAAUGAUAUACAGAUUCGUCGAAGGUAAUGCUUCACCUAAAGAGAUUGAUAUGUUGUGGGAGAUCUCCAAACAAAUUGAAGGUCACACAAUUUGUGCUCUCGGAGACGGUGCAGCGUGGCCCGUACAAGGCCUGAUUAGGCAUUUUAGGCCGGAAUUGGAAAGACGCAUGCAAACAUACGCCAUGACCCACGGACCAAGCAAAGCCGAACGUCUUUACUAG